AUGACUGAUCAACAAGAUAUUGUUGAAUUACCAGCUAUACCAGCAGAUGCACCUGAAUGGGUUCGUAAUCUGCCAUCAAAUGGCCAUUUUGUUGAUCGAAGUAAAUUAUAUGAUAUAACGGGUCAUCUUCUAUUUGAUUCAUUAUUAAAUUCAAAUGGUAUUCGACAUUUUUACUAUUUUAUGGGUAAUGAAAAACAAGUUGAACGUGCCAUAAAAGCAUUUCAUGGUCAAGCUACUAGUCCACCAAAACAUGCUGAUUCGAUAGAUCAAAUUAAAGAAGAAGUUCGCGUUGCUUUUCAUCUCGGUGCAAGUAUUUGUGGACAUAAAGGCAUUGUACACGGAGGACUUACUGCUACAAUGAUUGAUGAAGUAAGCGGUGCUGCUGCAUUUUCAGCUAUUGGUCCUUGUUUUACAGCUAAUCUUAAUAUUGAUUAUAAGAAACCAUUAUUAGUACCAUCAUGGGUAUUAGUUCGAGCUCAUGUUGAUCGUGUUGAAGGUAGAAAAGCAUAUAUAAAUGCAACAGUUGAAAAUGGCGAAGGCGAAAUCUAUGCUCAAGCUGUUGUUUUAUUUAUCGAGCCAAAGAAACCAAUUCUAAAACCUACUGAACAAAAUUAA